GCCAUAUCUGAUGUACAAUAACGAUUAUUACUGUUUUUUUGGACAAUCAAGACGAGAAUUCGACGUUGAUGAAUAAAAAGGACGAGACCUCAGAAACUCUAACAUUGCUUCUCGGACUUCGCCAAAAUGAACACUAUAAUAUCCAUAGGGCUAAUAUGUAUUUGUCUAACAUACAUCCGGGCUAUGCCAGCACCCAAAGACGUUGCACAAGCGCAACCAGUUGCAGCUGCAGAUGAUUUACAACCUGAAGAAACAAAAUGGCGUCGCCAUCACCACCGCGGCAAGGGGUGGGGUAAUCAAGGUUUCGGAGGAAAUUACGGUUCGGGCCGAGGCUGGGGAGGCGGAAACGGCGGAGGCUGGAGAGGCGGAUACGGCGGAGGCUGGGGAGCCGGAUACGGCGGAGGUGGAGGUGGAGGUGGCGGAGGUGGAGGUGGAGGAGGUGGAGGAUAUGGCGGCGGUGGUGGUUACGGCGGCGGCGGAGGUUACGGCUACGGAGGAGGCUACGGGGGAGGUUAUGGAAGAUAAUGUUAUAGAUCUUAAAGUUUUAAAUUGUAAUAAUAGUUUAAAAAUGUAAAUGUUUAAAUGGUACUAGCAAAAUAAUUGAAAUGAAAAAUGUUGUACAAUGUUUAUAAUAGUUAAAUUAUCUUAAAUGUUUCAACCUCUGAAUAGCUUGGAGAAAAAUUAAAAGACAAUACCAGUAAAACGUUUAAAAAUAUGUUUUUACCAAAACUCUACACCUACAGAUUUAUU